UAAACAAUUUUUGUUUAGACUUUAGACUUUGAAUGUGGCAAAAUCGGAAUAUCCAAAUUCCAACAUUUGUUCUUUUUCCCCUGCUCUCUUGUCUCUGUUACUUCAAUUCAAUUCAAUACGCGCUGAAUCAUCUGAACCAACGCAAGGUUCUGAGGACUAACAUAAAUCCUGGAUUGAAGAUUUAUCUCAUUAUCAACUAUUUUGGUGGAAUAUUAGAGCAUACAGAUAAUGCCGGUUGCCAAUAAAGACUUGGAUUCUGCAUUCCUAAAUGCAGGAGCAAACCCAGGCUUAGAAAUUUGGUGUAUUGAGAACCAGCAGUUGGUUCCAGUGUCAAAAUCAAGCCAUGGAAGAUUCUAUACUGGAAGUGCAUACAUAGUUCUGAAUGCAGUUUUUCCGAAAAUUGGCACUCCUCAGUACGACAUACAUUAUUGGCUGGGAAAUGAAACAAAGAAGGUGGACUCGGCUUUGGCAUCAGAAAAGGCACUUGAGUUGGAUGCAGCCUUAGGAUCAUGCAGUGUUCAAUACAGGGAAAUUCAAGGCCAUGAAUCACAGAAGUUUCUAUCUUACUUUAAACCUUGUAUUAUACCCGUUGAGGGAGUGUUUACAUCAAAGCAGGGGAGCUUGAAUGGUGAAUACCAAGUCCGCAUGUACACAUGCAAGGGGGAAUAUGUUGUUCAUGUGAAAGAAGUGCCUUUUCUGAGAUCAUCAUUAAAUCAUGAAGAUGUAUUCAUAUUGGACACUGCAUCAAAAAUCUUCCUCUUCAGUGGAUGCAAUUCUACUAUUCAAGAAAGAGCCAAAGGUUUGGAGGUUGUUCAGUAUAUCAAGGAUAAUAAGCAUGGUGGAAAAUGUGAGGUGGCAACAAUAGAGGAUGGAAAAUUUGUUGGUGAUUCUGAUGUGGGCGAGUUCUGGAGCUUCUUUGGUGGUUAUGCUCCCAUUCCCCGAGACCCGCAUUCUGUGCAAGAAUCCGUGGCUCCAUCUGUAAAGCUGUUUUGGAUAAAUUUACAGGGAAAACUUUGUGAAACUGGAAGUGAACCAUUUAGCAAAGACAUGCUUGAGACAGACAAGUGUUACAUGUUGGAUUGUGAUAGCGAGAUUUUUGUUUGGAUGGGAAGGCAGACAUUAUUGACGGAAAGAAGGACAGCAACCAAAGCUACAGAAGAUUUUGUCAGAAAUGAAGGCAGAUCAAACAAGACUCAUUUGACAUUUUUGUCAGAGGGAUUGGAAAGUCCGAUAUUUCGGUCAUAUUUUACUAAUUGGCCUAAAACAGCGGAGCCUAGGCUUUAUGAGGAAGGCAAAGAAAAAGUAGCAGCCAUAUUCAAGCAUCAGGGUUAUGAUGUGAAAGAGCUUCCGGAAGAAGACAACGAGCCAUCUAUAGAUUGUUCUGGGAAAAUAAAAGUUUGGCUGGUGGAUGGUGAUGAAUUAUCUCUUCUUUCAGUUGCAGAGCUGACAAGGCUUUACAGCGGAGAUAGCUAUAUAGUACAGUAUACAUUUCCUGGAAAUGGAAGGGAUGAAACUCUCUUUUAUGCUUGGCUUGGCUGCAAAUCUGUAACAGAGGAUAAAACAGCGGCCAUUUCUCACAUGAAUAUUAUGGCUGAUUCAGCGAGAACUAAUCCAGUUGUGGCUCAAAUUCAUGAGAGUAAGGAGCCAGUUCAGUUUUUCUCAAUACUUCAGAGACUAAUCAUAUUCAAGGGGGGAAACAGUUCAGGAUAUAAAAAGUUCAUAGAAGAAAAAGGUAUCACAGAUGAAACCUACAAUGAAACACAGGUAGCUCUGUUCAGAGUUCAAGGUACAAGUCCAGAUAAUAUGCAGGCAAUCCAAGUUGAUCAAGUUUCAACUUCCCUGAAUUCAUCCUAUUGCUACAUUCUGCAAACUGAGGCAUCUAUCUUUACUUGGAUUGGGAACCUAUCUUCGGCUCGAGACCAUAAUCUUCUUGAUAGAAUGGUGGAAUUGCUUAAUCCAAAGUGGCUACCUGUAUCUGUCAGGGAAGGUAAUGAACCCGAUGAUUUCUGGGAUUCACUUGGUGGAAAGGCGGAGUAUCCGAAAGGAAAAGAAAUUCAAGGAUUCGCAGAUGAUCCACAUCUGUUUGCAUUGAAAAUAAAUGGAGGAGGUUUUAAGGUGAAAGAGAUAUACAACUACACACAGGAUGACUUAGUUACAGAAGAUGUUUUAUUGCUUGAUUGCCAAAAAGAGAUUUAUGUUUGGAUUGGCUUACAUUCAGCUGUCAAGUCAAAACAAGAAGCUCUCAGCCUUGGAUUGAAGUUUCUUGAAAUGGAUGUUCUUGUUGAAGGCCUCUCUCUGGAUAUUCCUGUUUAUGUGGUAACUGAAGGUCAUGAACCAUCAUUUUUCACUCGUUUCUUUUCAUGGGAUCACACAAAAGCAAAUAUUCUUGGCAACUCCUUUGAACGAAAACUUGCAAUUCUGAAUAGAAAGUCAAAACCUUUAGUAGAAGGACACAAUAGAAUCCCAUUGAAAGUCAACUCUAGGGAAUCUACCUCUAAUGGUCACAGAAGCAUUUCUAUUACACCCAGCACCCGCGGAAGAAGUAGUUCACCUGUACCUGGUGGUGCCGGCUCAGAUUCUGGGCAAUCAGGUGAUCGGCUUCUUUUGAGCGCUGACUUGGUAUCCAAGAAGCUCUUCGAAGGAUCUCCUGCCAACAGCAGUGCUGAACAAACAAUGCCAGUUUCUGGUUCUCCAGGAUCAGAAUUCCGGUCCUCAAAUGAGACUACGAGUAUCAUUCAAAAAGAUAGAAAUAUUGAUGGGGAGAAUUUGAUGGUACAUCCUUACGAGCGUCUGAGGGUGGUUUCUGGUAAUCCAGUAACUGGCAUCGAUUUAAUGAAAAGAGAGGCAUAUUUGUCCAAUGAAGAGUUCCAUGAGAAGUUUGGAAUGCCCAAAACUGCCUUCUACAAGCUUCCUAAGUGGAAACAAAACAAAUUGAAGAUGUCCCUGGAUUUAUUUUAAGGCCAGGGUUUUUCAAGAUAAUCAAGAUCAUGGCCAAGAAAUGCUUGUAUUUUCUUGCAACACUAUAUAUAGCAUGAUAGGAAUUUUCUCUUAUGUUGGUGCAUAUUGAGGUUUUGGGUUUGAGUGGCUCUCUUUUUUCUGUGAUGUACAUGAACUUUUCCACAAACAUAUUCUUUCAUUUUAUCUUACACUCUAUUUUGUGAUGAA